GCGACGCAGAGCCGAGUGCAGAACUGAGGUCGUGAUGAGCAGUGUCCUGUGUGCGCCGGCGGCUGGGGCUGUCCGGGCGCUGAGGCUCGUGCGCUGGGCUUCCCGAAGCCUGCAUUCGCCGUCCGGUGGCCGGGAUCAGGCCCAGUCUGCAGCCAAGGGCGAGGAAGAGGACGAUCCUGACCGCCCCAUUCAGUUUUCCACCAGCAAAGCCAACCCGUCCCAUUGGACGGUGGAGCAUUCCCUGGGAAAGGAGGGGCAACGACCCUGGUGGAGGGUGUUGCCCAUAAGCCUGUCCCUCAUGAUUCUGCUCAUUUGGUGCUUCGUUCGGGAGGAGACCGGCACGGAUCACUGGUUGAAACAGGUGUUGGAAGAAGAGGUGCCGGAGCCCAGCGAUCCUUCUGAGGAGCCUGGAACUCCAGCUGCCUAUGGAGCGAGAACUUAAAGGGGCGCCCGCGGGGGCAGGCAGCGAGGGGCCUGGCAACGGCCCUUAGGUUUGACGUCGCGUUUGAUAGUUUCUGUCGUGGAUAUGUGCGUCCGCAGACUGAAGGAUUUGGAUGGCGCACGUGGCCACACUGACCCUCGGGGAAGGAGAGAGCAGAAUGUCAGCAGAGGGGACCCAGUUCUUUGCCUGAUACUUUGAUGCCCAACGAAUAUGCACAAAAGACUUUUUUUUAGAUCCAUAUAAAAGGUUUUGGAUUUGUGAUUUUCAACAUUAUGUUUCCAAAGCAAGUCUGGUGACACUUGUAAUCCAGUGUAAUCUAGUUUGCCGGUCUUUUGCUUUCUGAGACAGAAUAACUCAGAAGAGUUAGGCUUUUUAUGUUAUAAUGUACUGUGGUAUGUAUAAAUUAUGUUAUACAAACUAACAAACUGAUUAUAAAUUUUAAUUAGCUAA